CAAAUCGAAAAUGAAUUUAUUAGAGGAGUCAUGACGGUUGUUAACCUAUUCGACAGUGAUCUCGUCCACUCGGCGUUCAACAAAGGAAGAAAUUAUUUCUGUAGCCUCGUCUGCAAGACUUAGCGAGCCUUAUUCAGCCAUAACUACCCUUGGUCAAUCCACAAAGGGUGUGAUCAACUCUUGAAAACAUCAAACACUCCAGAGGAUAUAACCAACAACAGACCCAAUAUUCAAAGAACGCAACGUUGAGUGAAAUAAAGACUCAGCUUUUUUAGAGCUGAGCUUAUCCCGUCAACCAAGUAUUCAGAUAUUUUAUGCUGACUUCUUCAAACAGUAGAGACUAGGAAGCUGCAGAUCCAAAAAUGUUGACGUCCUCGCAGGCUGAUAACGGCUCCACGGCGCAGCCUCCAUUCUCGUAUCCAUCAAGUAUUAAACUCACCUUCGCCAUCUUAUACGCUGCAAUCAUUUCAAUGGCCUUAGUUGGAAACAUUUUGGUGAUCUAUAUUCUGUACAAGAGGCCAGAAACAAGAAGAUUAACAAGCUUCAUGUACGUCAACCUCGCUGUGGCCGACCUACUCGUAACAGCUGUUGUCAUGCCUCAGUCGAUGGAACUAAUCAUUUUGGAUAAUCUGUGGAUCGAUGGAACAUUUGGUGAAUUACUUGCCAAGCUCAUCAUGUUUGUUUUCUUCGUGGCGGUCACAGCGUCCGUCUUCUCUCUAACAGCCGUGGCUUUUGACUUCUUCUUCGGGAUUGUCCUUCCCAUGCAAAAGUUCCCUCGCUUUAGGAACAAAAAGAUCUUGGUUCCCACAAUUUGGAUCACUUCAAUGUGUCUGAUGACUCCAUGGCUGAUCACAGUCAAAGUUAAGAACUCCAGGAUAGAAUUUAAGUUUACUCAGUUUGGCGAGACUCAAGCAGCUUUGAGAGGUAUCUUUCUUUAUAUCGUAGUCACCAUCUACUUGUUGCCCCUAGUUACCAUGUGCAUUCUCUAUGGACACGUCUGUCACACACUGCACAAGCACAAACUGCCGGGCAUUGCCAUCAACAAUCACGCAAGAACUCGGGCCCAUGCUACCAAGCGUCAAGUUAUUCAUAUGUCGAUCGCUGUCGUUGUUGCCUUUGCACUUUGCUGGCUUCCAGCGCAUGCGUAUCAUAUGAUUUUGGCCAUUGACUUCAGUGUGCGGGAAUCGCUGCCAUAUUAUUUUAUGCUGUUAUGCUAUUGGUGUGGACAUGCAAACAGCGUUGUUAACCCGUGGCUCCUGAUAUACCUUAAGAAGAAAUUCCGUGCCGCAUUUAAGAGAAUGAUAACUUAUCCAUUAUCGAGAAUCUCAUUUGCUAGCAAGAAUAAUGAGAGCGUAAGAAGUGUAACUAGACUGCCUAUCAGAGACCCGAUUGUCCAAGUAAGAGAACAUUACCAGUUUGAAAGUUCUGUGUGAGGAUUAUUGUUAACUCUUCAUAGGUUUUAUUAUAUUCAAGUUGUAACAUUUGCAAGCUCAUUACAAGUCCAGUGACCAGCAGGCCAAAUUAAUUGAAUUCAGAUCGAUGGAUUACGACUCUGCAGAACGUGAUCCACUAAAUCAAGGGUUUUGUCUCCAUGCAGCAUUUGGCUCGCAUAAUGGUGUAAUACAUAUAAUAAUAUAAAAUAUAAUCAUUAUCAUAGAAAAUGUGGAUUUUUACCGCCUUGAUGUGCAAGUGUUAAAAUGAAGAAUUGUGUAGAGAUCUAGUUGCCUCUCAUUUUCGCACUUUUCUUUUCAUUUCGGAUGCCGUUUGUCAAACAUGUCAUAAAAAACCUUAGCGAUACCCGGCAUCUGUCUGGGAAUUGAGAUCUGGCCCGCACUCGACAGAGUGGAGGAAGUAGAGCCUUCAAAAGAAACAAAACAAAACAAAACAAAGAUUCACUUUACCAUGACAAUGCAAAUUGCGUUCGAAAUGAAAUAACUCGUAAAGAAGGAAGGCAAUGCUGCACAGCGUCACGGCUCAUAAAAGCGUACAGUGUAGACCGAGCCAUAAGUUAAAACUGGUGCUUUGUGGAUUAGUUUGUCCUAAUGGAAUUAAGAUCACAAAUCAAGCCACCUAACCACACCAGUCUUGGGUUACAGUUUGGGAUGUUGAUCGGUCAUCAGGACCGAGAAAGACAAGGUAGAAUCGGGUCAUCAGAUUUCACAUACGACUAAGCCCUGCGCGUAUUCACGUCAAAUCGCAAAUUUCACCCGGGUGUGGAGUGGUACACUUACAUAGUAACAUAUUCUCAUAGCAUUGAUACCAAAACAACAUUCACACAUAAACUAAACGGCAAAGAUUCAAGGGAAGUUUAGUGUGAACGAGUCUUAGAGUGAUUUCUCAGCAAAUGACUUAUUUAUUGGAAAAGGGUUAUUCUUCACGUCUCCUCAAGUAACGCCAUGCACACCUACGUGUAGUUUGGCCCUCUUAAUAUUAAAAUCUUCGUACAGCCUUCCAACGAUUUCUCUCAC